UCUGCACUUGCAUUCUGCUCUUGCGUUCUGCUCUUGCGUUCUGCACCUCCUGCCUGCACCUCCUGCUCGCACCCCUUCUCCCUCUGCCUCGCCAUGUCCUUCCGCGCCCCCAUCCUCCUGGCCCGCUCUCGCUUCGUGCCUGUCGCCGCCCGCUCCGUGGCUCUGGCCCGCCCCAUCGUUCCCGUUGCCCACUCGCUGCGCCGGUUCACCACCGAGCAGACCAAGGAGGAGCCCAAAAAGUCCGGCAACGGCACCUUCUGGUUCCUCGCUGCCGCUGCUGCUGCCGCCGGUGGAUACUACUACUACACCACCCAGGAGAAGCAGGAGGCUGCUCCCGCUGCCGCUCCUCCCAAGCCCCUGGACUACAAGGAGGUCUACAAGGCCAUUGCCGAUCUCCUGGAUGACAACGACUAUGACGACGGCUCCUUCGGCCCCGUCUUUGUCCGCCUCGCCUGGCACGCUGCCGGCACCUAUGACAAGACCACCGGCACCGGCGGUUCCAACGGUGCCACCAUGAGAUUCAACCCCGAGGCUUCUCACGGCGCCAACAACGGUCUCAACGUUGCCCGCCAGCGCCUCGAGAAGGUCAAGGAGCAGUUCCCCCAGAUCUCCUACUCUGAUCUGUGGUCCCUUGCCGGUGUGGUCGCUAUCCAGGAGAUGGGCGGCCCCACCAUCAAGUGGAGACCCGGCCGCUCCGACGCCGCUUCGGCCGAGGCCUGCACUCCCGAUGGCCGCCUCCCUGACGCCAGCCAGGCCCAGGACCAUCUCCGCAGUAUCUUUUACCGCAUGGGUUUCAACGAUCAGGAGAUUGUUGCUCUCUCUGGCGCCCACGCCCUUGGCCGCUGCCACACCGACCGCAGUGGCUUCGAAGGACCCUGGACCUUCUCCCCCAUCACCUUCUCCAACGACUACUUCAAGCUUCUUCUGAGCGAGCGCUGGAUCGACCGCAAGUGGGAUGGCCCCAAGCAGCUUGCUGACAAGAAGACCGGCUCCCUCAUGAUGCUUCCCACCGACAUUUCCCUGAUCAAGGAUCGCGUCUUCUACAAGUUUGUCCAGCUGUACGCCAAGGACCAGGACAAGUUCUUUGAGGACUUUGCCGCCGUCUUCCAGAAACUGGAGGAGCUCGGUGUCCCGUUCGCUGCUGACGCCCCCGUCUACGAGUUCCCUCGCCUCUAGAUGACAUGCGUGUCUCCUGCCUGCCCUGAAGCAGGUUUAAUGUCCAUACCAGUGCAACCCCCCUCCUUGACUCGAGAGCUGGGCGACACCACUGGAUUGCUUCCUCCUCUUCCUUUAUCUCAUCCGCCGCUUGCUUGCUUGCUACUUUUGCUCCUUUGCUGAGAUCCGAGCCUCUUAUCCUCACAACGAAGCAGGGGGUCGUCCUUGGAAGAAAUCCACACGACUGGUGUCGGGUUGUGAAUGUAUUCGUUCGGAGGCCCGUGUUCUGCAAUCGCGCUUCACCUCGUCCUCCAUCCUGUUUUGGAUUCGCUCUCUUGUUUUGUUUGUGUGUUUGCUCACGGAGUAAAGCCAGAUUUUUGUACAUA